UUUCCGGGUUCCGGGUUGGGAUGACGGUUCGAUGGCGGGUAUCGUCCACCGCUUCAAAUCGAACCCAAGAAGCACCAGGUAAACAGCGACCGUUAAACUGAUACCAGGCUGGCGUAUUCAGCAAAAACUCGUAAGGCAUUAGGUAGCUCAACGCGUCCUCCUAGAUCCCAGCAUCAGGCGCUGCACAAAUGCAAGGAACAUCAUCAGGCAUUGGAUAUGGUCUGAAAUAUCAGGCUAGAUGCAUUUCGGAUGUGAAAGCAGACACAGAUCACACUAGCUUCCUCACCGGCACUCUCAGUCUCAAAGAAGAAAACGAGGUGCAUUUGAUUCGGCUUUCUUCAGGUGGAAACGAGCUUAUAUGUGAGGGUUUGUUUUCGCACCCCAACGAGAUCUGGGACCUCGCUUCCUGCCCCUUCGAUCAACGGAUCUUCUCCACCGUCUACUCUACUGGUGAAGCAUAUGGAGCAGCAAUAUGGCAGAUUCCUGAAUUGUAUGGAGAGCUGAACUCCCCUCAAUUGGAACGGAUAACCUCACUUGAUGCGCACGUUGGUAAGAUUAAAUGUGUUCUUUGGUGGCCCUCUGGAAGGAAUGAUAAGCUGAUCAGCAUUGAUGAGGAAACUCUUUUUUUGUGGAGCUUAGAUUGUUCAAAAAAAGUUGCCCAGGUACAAUCACAAGAGUCAGCCGGUAUGUUGCAUAACUUAUCUGGAGGAGCAUGGGAUCCACAUGACAUGAAUGCUGUUGCAGCCAUUUCUGAAUCCGCCACCCAAUUUUGGGAUCUACGGACAAUGAAGAAGACAAAUUCAAUUGAGCGUGCACAUAUCCGCAACAUAGAUUACAACCCUAAGAAGAAGCAUAUACUUGUCACUGCAGAGGAUGAAUCUGGGAUACACAUAUGGGAUCUUAGAAAGCCAAAGGUUCCUAUCCAAGAGCUUCCCGGACAUGCACACUGGACAUGGGCUGUCAAGUGUAACCCUGAGCAAGACAGGCUGAUUUUGAGUGCUGGUACGGACUCAACUGUCAACUUGUGGUUGGCUUCUCCAUCUACCAGUGAUGAGUUUACAGCAGAAAGCUUGCUUGAUUCACCAACUCGUAGGAUUGAUCCGUUACUUAGUUCCUACAGUGACUAUGAAGAUAGUGUUUAUGGCAUUGCUUGGAGCUCUCGUGAGCCUUGGAUCUUUGCGUCAUUAUCCUAUGAUGGAAGGGUAGUUGUGGAAACAGUCAAGCCUCUUCUCUCAAAAAAAUGAUGCUUUGACACGUAUUGCCCAUUGCCACAACUGGUCGACACAGUGCUGGUGCUGGUGCUGGCCAAUAUCUGUGUGCAUUCCCCUCCUAUGUUUGGUCUCCCUGAUGUUAACAGGCAGACACCAGAAAGGACAACCUGAUAUUAUGAAGAUAGCUCCGAUGCUCUCAGAGACUUUUUUUCGCGUGUAUCUCGAGGCAGAUUUGAUUACCAUGUACUUUCAUGGAUUUUUAAUUUUAAUAUCAUAUAAUUUUUUGGUAGUA